AUGUCAGACCCAGCUCGUCAAGUGAAUUACCUCGACACUCGGACCGAAACGUUCUUGAGUCGAGUCAGUCAAAAAGAUCAAGCUAUUACCUUGGACUUGUUGGAGGAAGGAGAUGUACUGCAAGCUCAGGGAGAACACCACUUUUACGAAAUCUCUUCGAAAGUAAAAUAG